GCACCAUAUCAUCAAUCAAGCUACCAUGGCCCUCUCCAAUAUGACCGCAUUGGCUGAGACGAUGCGAGCUGUGGUCUGGCAAGGCCAGCCAUUCAACAUCUCUGUCCUAGACGUCCCCAAACCCACCAUCCAGAACGCGACCGACGUGAUCGUUCGCAUGUCCCGGGCCGCCAUCUGCGGAUCCGACCUGCACAUCUAUCGAGGCACCAUGGAAGGCCAGGUCCUCCCUGUCGGCAUCGGCCACGAGGGGGUGGGAUAUAUCGCCGAAGUCGGGGCUGACGUGGGGUCGUUGAACGUGGGCGAUGCGGUGAUCGUGCCCUUCACCAACCCGGACGGCCAUUUCGAGACGGCCCUCACACCUGUCCCGUAUGCAGCGUUUGGCAACGGCGGGGCUCUGGGGGGCACUCAAGCCGAGUAUCUACGAGUACCGCACGCGGACGGGGGGCUCAUCCCCAUCCCCGCCGUCAACUACACCGACCCAACCACAAACGAGACCACCUCCCUGCUCAAUGACUACGUGAUGCUCUCGGACAUCUUCGCGACGGGCUGGACGGCGCUAGACUUCGCAGGCUUCCAGCCGGGGGACACGGUGGCCAUCUUCGGCGCCGGGCCCGUGGGCCUGAUGGCGGCGUAUUCGGCCACCUUGCGAGGGGCCUCUCGCGUGUACAGCGUGGACUAUGUCCCGGAGCGGCUCCGUCUGGCAGCGUCCAUUGGCGCCAUCCCCAUCAACUUCCAAACCGCAGACCCCGUGGACCAGAUCUUGGCCCGCGAGCCCGCGGGGGUGGCCCGGAGCGUCGAUUGCGUCGGAUUCGAGCAGGUCAAUCGAAACCUAACCGUACAGUCAGACGUCAUCCUGCAGAACAUGCUGGCCGUCACGGCUGUCAACGGGGGCAUGGGCACGGUGGGGGUGUACAGUCACGGCGGGCGCGACACCGCCAGCCAACCCCGGGCGUCCAGCAUCCAUACCGAUUUCAACCUCUCGCUCGCCGACUUCUGGAGCAGGGGCUUUCAUUGGGGCGCUGGGAUCUCCAGGCCUCUCGAUCUGGCCCCGCAACUGCUUCAUCUGGUCGCGUCGGGCAAGGCCAGGCCCGGGUUCAUCGUGAGUGAUGUCAUCGAUAUCGAGGACGCCCCGGCCGCCUACGCGAGGUUCAAUAACCAUAGCGCGACCAAGGUGGUGAUUGCUUUCGACCAUUAGCCCCAGUUGCUGGAGUGUGAGACGUGCGGCCUGUGUGAGUCGCCGAGUCGACUUUGUUGUCAAUGUGUCGCAAUAGCCCGCGAUCCCUGCUUACAGUGAAUUCAUUGCGAUCAUAGUGAUCUGAUCGCUCUCAGUGCUCACGCAACCUGCGUUCCAUCGGACAAAUGUACAUAUUCUUCGCUCUGCUAGCUUCAAGUUACUCGGUCUUGUUAUUCGUCCACGCGUCCUAUUUAUGUAGGUAGCUACGUUCAGCUCGGGUUACAGGAAGCCCUUUUCCACGCGGAAGCAAGUUGGAAUGUCGAUCAGGAUUGAUUGACCGGGAUGAUGUGUA